UUGACCACCAUGUCGAGCAGAGCAGGUGGCCUGUACGGCGGCAUCCAAUUCUCUACUGGCGCAACCUUUAGCCUUUCCUCAUCAUCUACAUCUGCUUCGCCUGCAACGCCAACACCUGCAACCAGAGUAGACAAAGUCGAAACUCCCGCAGCUCUAGAGGCUAUUUCAGCACCAGCACCAAGUAAUACAAGCAAUGAUGGAACCAAGACAGAGGAUGGAAGUAUUGGAGGAACAGAAUCUGGGUCUGUAGGAAAGCUUUCAGCCGGAUGGUCCGCUGCGCUUGCGUUCGCCCCCGUCCGUCGUGCACCAGCAAAACCCAAGCCCGCUUUAACUCGCCUUCCCAUGGGUGCCAAGGCCCUACCCAAUCCUGCAACAGCUACAAUUUCCGCUGCCACGCCAGCUUCGGGCCUUUCCGCAACAGCCGUCGUCUUCGCUCCGCCAGAACUGGUAACUACGGAUCAACAAGAAGAAGUUAAGGAUGAUACCGUUCAGAAGGACUCCACGUGGCGCAAAAAGGAAGGCUGGGGCAAGAAAGUCAAACCUCCAUCCAUGAUACUUGAUGAAGAUAUCAAUGGCUUCAAGGCUCAGCAUAAACGCAGGGCUGGCGGAGGGGGCGGUGGAAGGAAGGGGAGGAAGAAUAAGAAUGCCCCAGUUGCGGCAGUAUGGGAUCCGUUGGAGCCUUACGACACUCUCAAGCCGAAUGACUACAACGAAUAUAAGUUAUGGAAGCAACGUGACCGCGUCGAGCGGGCAUCCGAACGUGCGGCUGAAAGGAAACGUGCUCGCGAGGCUCUCGACAGAGGAAGUGAUCACACAGGCAGCGACAGUGAAGGCCAACGCCCAAAAAAGAGUGGGAGAUUUGACCACGGGUCUUUCGAUAAGUGGUCUCGCGCAGAUGACGAACGUCCGCGUGGGCUUGGUGCCUCCAACACUCCGGCAGUUCAUGUGGAUCGCAAUAUGUCAGGGGAGGAGGCCUUUCAGCGGCGACUUGCAAUGUCUGCUGGUGCCGCCGCUCGAGUACCGUCACCGACUCCUGUACCUGUUGAUCAUAACUUAUCGGGUGAGGAAGCCUAUCAGCGCCGCCUUGCCAUGGCCUCGGGAGGUAACCGCCCGCGGGUGUUCUCUGCAUCCGCUUCCCCUCUCCGUCAACCAUCGCCGGGCGGCAGCGAUGACGAGCCAUUAAGCCAGCCACCUGCUCCCGUAAUGCAGCCGGCACAGUUGAUGGUGCCUGUGCCUCCAACGCGUUCUCCCCCUCCAUUGGCAUACAACCCCUUUGCACCGCCGGCAAAUAUUCCGCCGCCGCCACCUCCACCAUCAUCUCAAAUACCAGUUGCACUUGAAGACAAGGUCAAGGCUGCCGCAAGUAUUGCAGCACGUCUUAGUGCGCUUGCUGCGGCUGCAGGUGGGCCGGGGCCAGGAUCAAGUCUACCUGGCGCACUACCGCAAGAAGAUGCUCAAACACGCCCUGAUCCACAGGGUUUUGCAGCUCGUAUGAUGGCUAAGUGGGGGCACAAGGAAGGUCAAGGUCUGGGUGCCGAUGGGAGCGGUAUUGUAAACGCUCUCACAGUCGAGCAAGUCGCUGCCCAAGGCAAAGGCAAGAAGGGUCAAAAUCAAGCGCAGGGCCAAGUCAAAGUCAAACCAGCUAUGGGUUCAAAGAUGGGUCGGAUCAUCAAUGACAACGAGGACGCGAAGGGUCGUGAAGAUCGUUUAAGGUUUGGGGAGGCCAGUCGCGUGGUAGUGUUAACCAAUAUGGUUGGACCGGAAGAUGUAGACGAUGGCGAUCUUAGAGAUGAAAUCGGCGAAGAGUGUUCGAAGAAUGGAACCGUCGAGCGAGUUAUUGUACAUCUGACUCAACCUCGGCCGGCGGACCCAGAGGAAUCUGUCCGCAUAUUUGUGUUGUUUGCAGGUCCCUCUGGUGCGUGGAAGACCGUGAGGGAGUUGGAUGGCAGGUAUUUUGGAGGGAGGGCUGUGCGGGCAAGAUACUUUUCGGAAACUGCUUUCUCUCUACAUGACUUGGAUGUUACAAUCGCUUAGCUAUUAGGAUUAGUCGAUAUAAAAUUUAUGGACAAAUUCACGGCGCCCCGAUGCAUUAGAGAUGUAUUAGUCAGGGUCCCCUAUCUAUGUUUAAAAA